AACGUAAACUUAAUGUGCCGCCUCCGACUCUCUUCUCUUCUUUGCCCUUGCGCCGCCUUCUCCGCGGCAUCGUCGGAGCCGACGCGAAUGGCUUCCCGCCUCCUAACCAGAUCAACCGCCGCGCGCCUCCUCUCCCACCUCCGCUCCUCCGGGGCCCUGAGCCCUACCCACCACCACCACCACCACCUCGAUAAUGGCGCCGCCUUGGCCUCCCUCCUGGGACUCGGCCGCGGUGGCCUCCCUGCGGCGGCCGGACCAUGGUCCCCUCGAGACCCGCCGACGCGGUGGUUCUCUUCCCCGGCUACGGUGGCGGAGGCGCCGAUGACCGCGGACGGGCUCACGGUGGACUCGAUCGCGGGGAAGGGGUGGACGAUCCUCCCCGAGGCCGAGAGCGACUGGCGCAGCCACGCCGCCGCCGUCGCGCAGUCCGUCAAGCUCAUCAAGAAGCGGCUCAAGUGGGGAUGGAUACUUGAGAGAUCAAGGCAGUUGUCUGUGGUGUUGGAGAGGCCGGACCUCUGGGAUGAUCCAGUUUUCGCUGGGAAGGUUAGCCGUGAACAUGGUGAGCUCAUGGGCAAGAUUAAAUCAGUGAACCAAUUCGAGCAGGAGUUGAUGGAGCACAUUGACAUGUUGAGGCUUGCAAGAGAAGAGGACGAUAAUGAACUUGAGACGGAAACCAUGAGGGCAUUAGCCGAAAUGAGAAGAAGUGCAAAGGAGAAAGAACUGAAUGCAUUGCUUUCUGGAGAUAAUGACUCUUGCUCUUGCUUCAUUGAGGUUCAGGCAGGAGCUGGAGGUACUGAGAGCAUGGAUUGGGCUGCAAUGGUUAUGAACAUGUACAGCUCAUGGGCCCAACGACGAGGAUACACAGUCAGUAUUAUAGAAGAAAUGCCUGGUGAAAUAGCAGGAAUCAAGAGGGCAACUAUCAAAGUGGAUGGUGAAUAUGCAUUUGGAUAUGCUAAAGCCGAAGUAGGUGUUCAUAGAUUGGUACGGAUUUCUCCAUUUGACAGUGGAAAGAGGCGGCACACUUCCUUUGCUGCUGUGGCUGUUGUACCUAUUCUUGGUGAUGGUUCUACCCGAUACCAGAUAAAAGAUUCAGAUCUUCGGAUAGAGCGUUUCCGCUCUGGUGGUCCUGGUGGCCAACAUGCCAACUGCACAGAAAGUGCUGUUAGAAUUGUGCACAUUCCAACUGGUAUAACUGCAACUUGUCAAAAUGAAAGAUCACAGCAUAUGAAUAAGGCAUCAGCAAUGGCAGUGCUCCAGUCUCGGCUGGACCAGCUUGAGAUUGCCCGCCAAGCACAGAUGAAUGCAGACCACACGCAAUCACUCUCUGAAAUCAGCUGGGGAAACCAAAUAAGAUCUUAUGUACUCCAUCCAUAUCGUAUGGUCAAAGAUCUCCGGACAAACUACGAAGUAUCCGACCCUGAUUCAGUCCUCAAUGGGGACCUAGAUGAUUUCAUCUUGAACUUUUUGUCAACGUCACUGGAUGAAGCUGAUUGAAGUGCCUGUGCCUGAAGUCCCUGAAGACAAACCAUGCUUAAAUUUAGCCUCAGCCUCAAUGAUCAAUCAUUCGAUCCACUGAGAUACAGUCCAAGAGAUGGUAAGAGGGCAGCUUCAUUCUUUCCAAUACUGACAAAUAUGACAUCUCAAAUGGUGAAAGACCAAGGUGUGCAACAAUUUUUCAAGUGCAAAUAUCAGAGCUAGAACGAGCUUAUAUUAGCUUUCUAGUUAGAAAAAUGGAAAUAUAAUGAACUUUUGUUUCAUUGUUAGCCCAUAGUUCCUUUUUGUAUUACUGGUGCUGGUGCUAUUUGUGAAUGGCAAUAGUAGUCUCCUAAAUAUAGUCGUUUCUAGUUUCUACUCAAUCCAGCUGUCAUACAUAAAUUGUUUCUUUUUGUAUUCCACUGGCAUGAAUCAA